AUGGAGGUGGAGAGCUCAGCGGUGGUUGGUGGCGGCAGCUCGUCGCUGCUGCGCCUCCGACUUUUUUAUUUUAUUUUACUCCUACUUCCACCUACUCCAUUUUUUAAAAAAAAAACAUCAACAUCACCACCCACUUCCACCACCAACAUCACCAUCAAUCCCUUGCACUAUACCUAUUACAGCACACUCCAUGCUUCUACAAAUUCAUUGACAUACUUUAGUCAUUCUCAUCCAUUUCAUCACAAACCCUCACGCAAUUCAUCAUCUUUCACUCUCACAAGAAACACCAAGACAAAGCGGCCAAACAAAUUCAAGCAAACCGACCUAACCGAAACCUUUCUAAAAGGCUUUGUGACCAGGGGGAUUAGCGCUGCUUUCCCAAGACAGGUUUUUAUGUGUAUGAUCUUCAGGCUUUGCCUAUCCAGGUUGGCUGGCUGGUGCUGACGGGACGGAGCUGAGGCUAGCGAUAAAUUCCUAUGUUAGACUUCCGCUGUAGCAAUUACUCAUAUCAGUCUUUUAUUUUCCCAACUUAAGAUCUUCAUGUUAAAUUUCAAAUGAUAUAUCUGACCGAGCUUAGACUCUUCACUACUUAAUUUAUGCCAAUGAAUGUCGGUUGUCAGAAGCAUGAAACAAAACUUGUGAUCCAAAGGGGCAUAGCUCGACUUUCUAUCCUAUUUCGGGUUUUUACAAGGUUGUUCCUUGUUUA